AUGGCCGCUCCUCCGCUGCCCAGCAGGGUCAAGACUGCUAAUGAUUCCGAUGAUGAUGUCGUGACCGAGGGAGAUCCUUCCAGCACCGCCGGUCUCUUGAUCGAGCGGCUGCAGGCCUGGAAACACAUGUGUGGCUAUCUCGAGAACUACAUCUCCGCAGUUUCAAAGGAGCAGGCUGGACGCGCCAAAGACCAAGAGAAAGUCCUCAAGACACUGUCGAGCCCUCUUCGUGAGGCUCACCACUUCGACUCCGCAUUGGGUGGCAUAGCUGGUCUGUUCGAAAACCUGCGCGCCAACACCCAGGGCCAAAUCAAUCUGUACACUGAGACUUCCAAGAACCUCACUGCAUCGGUGCUUCCCAUCCUCGAACGUUUGCACGCCGAGAUCAAGAAUAAGAACAAAGAAAUCUCCGGUGCCACUGGGAAAGGUACAAAGGCGGUUGAGGCGGCGCGCACCCAAUCACAGAAGCACAUUGAACUGCUGGGGCAACAGGCCGCCCAUUUCGACUCGGCUGGGGGGAAAGUGUCGGCGCAUCAUGAUCCCUAUGUAGUCAAGAGAGGAACUCUCCACCGUCUCAACAAGCAACUGCUCGAAGAGAACAGCAACAGACAAGAUCUAAUUGCGGUUCAGAACUCCUUUGCCAAGUUCGAGUCGCACGUCGUGCAAACCGUACAGACAGCAUUGAACUCCUACAACCAAUUCAUGAGCGGCCAGGCUGAUCGGCAGAAAGCCAUGUUCGGCGAUAUUGCAUCAACUGCAAGCAACAUUCCGCUGGACUUCGAAUGGAAUGGCUUUACCAAACGCAACCAGCAUAUCCUGGUUAACCCUAAUGCACCGCCGCGGACUAUGGAAGGCGUGUCUUUCCCAAACGAAAAGCAUCGUUCGACCAAGCCGCUCGUUGAAGGCACUCUUGAGCGCAAAUCUCGUGGGAUGGGUGCCCUCAAGGGCUACAGCAGUGGAUACUAUGCGGUCACCCCGGCAGGCUACUUGCACGAGUACAAAGACAACGAUAACUUUCACAAAGAUCCCAGUCCCGAGGUCUCACUCUACCUCCCUGAUUGCAUCAUCGGAGCUGUGGAUGGGCUGAAAUUCACCAUCAAAGGCAAAGACUCAUCAGGCAGCAAGCUGGGGCAGAAGAUGGCUAUCACCUCCGACUUCCAGUUCAAGGCGCAUACCAACUCGGACGCACAGCAAUGGCACUCAAUCAUUGCCAGCUUUGCUAAUUCGUCCAACAGCUUGCCCACUAGCCCGGUAGAGUCCCGCAAUAUCACCCCCAUCACCACGAGGAUGGAAGAGAAUCAGACGCAGGGUGUAACCAGCGGACCAACAAGUGCAGCAACACCCAAGAGUGCACAGCCAAUGAGCGCCACAUUUGCUGCUACCCCAUCUUCAGCUGGAGCGUCUCAUGCUGGGCCCAGUUCGAAUCCGCUGGAAGACAAGAAGUAUGGGGGAAAGUAG